GAUCGUGAGCGCGCAGACGUAGAGUGGGAGGAGGUUUGCGAGGGAUUGCUGUCUUGGACUGACAGAUCAUUCCCACCCGGUAUAGCCAUUAGCCUGGCGCUACUUUCUGCAGCUUCUUGUUCCUGAAUGCUUUAGCGGCGGAAAGCAAAAGGAAAACUGAGAUGCAAGAACUGUAACACUUCAAGUUGGCUAUAGAAGGGGAAAAGACAGCGACAGAAACAUUACCCCCGUUGGAGAAAUAAAAGGAAAAGCUGAGUGAGAAGAGGAGCCAGUAGGAGAAGGGAAGAAGAGAGUAACAGAGCAGCCAUGGACCAUCAGCGGCAGAGAACGCUGUCCACUUCAGGAGAAUCACUGUAUGCUGUGCUCGGAGUCGACAAGAAUGCCACAACAGAGGACAUAAAGAAAUGUUACAGAAAACUGGCACUGAAGUUUCACCCAGACAAAAACCCAGAUAACCCGGACGCAGCUGAAAAGUUUAAAGAAAUAAACAAUGCUCACUCCAUCCUGGUGGACCCCACCAAGAAGAACAUCUACGACAAGUACGGAUCGCUGGGUCUCUACGUGGCCGAGCAGUUCGGAGAGGAGAACGUCAACACCUACUUUGUUUUGUCCAGCUGGUGGGCCAAGGCUUUGUUCGCCUUCUGCUGCCUGGCGACAGGUUGCUACUGCUGCUGUUGCCUGUGCUGCUGCUGUAACUGCUGCUGUGGUAAAUGUAAACCUCGACCGCCGAUGGACCAGGACCCUGAAUUCUACGUGUCCCCCGAGGACCUGGAGGCCCAGAUGACAGCUGAGGAAAGAGAUGGCAGCGAUCCCAUCAUGGUUCAGCCGUCAUCGGCCACAGAAACUACCCAGCUCACCUCUGAUGCACAUCACAGCUACAAGACCGACUCAUACUAGACACGCUUACAGAAACACACACACACACCUCACAAGGCAAGAAGAGGCUGCUAGGGCUGAGAGGUACAUCCACUUUAGUUUUUCCUGAAUAAUUUAGACGAACACGACUUAAAGAGGAUUAAUACAUGUGGAUGCAUUAGAUUUAGAGCAAUAACUUAACCCACAUGUCACAGGAACCAGUCGUAGCACGUCUUCCUCCUCGUUGCCAGAACCGAGAGGCUAGUCUGUUUAUUCUCUCUAUGGGUCAGUGUCAGCAGCUUACUGAGUCCGAUUAUCUUUUUUUCUAACAUAGAAUAAGAUUUAUCAAUUAUUCCAAAACAUUACCCACUUUAACGGUCCUGUAUGUUGUGCUGCUGAAAUUACAAAUCCGGUUGCAGAUAUUUGCACACAUAUUACCUGAGACACGUUUUGAUUCAAUGUCAGCAUUCUGCCUUUUUCCCCAAAAAAACUCUACCAGCAUCCCACAUCUUACUGGGAAUACUUGCCACCUCUAUCUUGAAUCCUCAAUAAGUUAAAGAUAUGUCUUGCUUAAAGCCCUUUUCUGGUGACCUUCCAGGAUUUUUUCCAAAAAACGUCCCUGUUCAGCUUUAGCUUUCUAGCUGACUCUAUUUGAAUUGGAAUCUCUUCUGUUUAUAGUUUCUACUGUCUUAAAAAACUCUCCAGUUGCAAAUAAUGAGCAGAAAUCCCACAGCAUGAUGCUGCCACCACCAAGGUUCCCUGUAAUAUGCAGUGUUUAUCGUGCCAAACAUACUUUUUUGAAAUACUUACAGCCUGAAAUUUAUGAUUUCAGCUGAAAUUUGCUCCAGAUUUUUAAUGAAAACACUAAAUGCUGAAAUUUAAUCAAAAACUAGUGCUAAAAGGUACAAAUGUAGACCUCAAAAAACAGGAGGGCACCUUUUUCUAUAUUCUUCCAACAGACAGAACAUGGCUUUUUAACAUUUAAGUGUGUACAGGAACAUUAAGGCUUUAGAAAAAUGUGUAAAUAUGACUUUAAAUUAUUUAAUUCCAAUUCAGCAGUCAAUCUGUCGAACAUCUAGAACCUAAAAUGUAAGAAUUUUGGUGGAAAUCCAGCUGUAGUUUGCUGCAUUUCUGCCGCUCUGUUUCUGACCUUGUUCCAUCUUUGGGCGGAACAUGGUCUGAUAAAUAAAUUUACUGGCUAUAAAGAUGUGUUAAUGUACUAAGAUGUAUUCAAACGUGGCCCAGAGGGAUGGAGAAAGGUGUGUCAAAACAAAAUGGGUUUUUAUGCAUCUCCAACGAUCCUUCCCAGCCCUAACAGCUGUUUAGUCUCUCAGCAGCACUCUCAAACACACACACACACCCCUGAACCAGGUGGACUGAUGCAUACUUUGCAUUCACAUUUACAUCAGACAUUUUUCCAGCUUGUCCCUUUUUUUCAAUCUCACCCUCAGCCUGCAGAUGAAUUCAAUAAAAAUAGGACAUUAGGUUAUAGGUUUAUUUUUUUAGUUUCUUUUCUUAAAUUAUAUGUUUGAAAUUAGCUGAAUGGACAGGAAGAAGCCUAGAGGGAGAAGGAAGGGAGAUAUACAAAAAAAUUUAUAAUUUUACUAGAUUAUUCCCACUUUAUCUGGUUGUGUUUUUGGAUUAUUUAUUCCACGGGCGCUGAUGUUACCAGCUAGAGGAAGCUCACCCCUAUAACCCUCCAAAUAAAACCACUUUUACUAAAAUGUUUUUUUAAUAUAUAUAUUGGAGACGAUAAGAGAUUUAACUAAUGAUUUAUGCAAUAACUUUUAAGAGUUUUAUUUGAAAAAUUGUGAAAUAAAACUGUAGUUUUUCUCCUUGGAUGUAUGAUGGUUCCAGCCUAUUAUAUUGAUGGAUAAUUUCCUGUUGCAAUUGUCUGUAUGAUCACCAGCAUUACUUUGAAGAUGUGUCAAACCCUUCAGUCGAGAUUGUGCUUCCUGAAGCUGUAAAAAAUGAAAUUUUUUUAUUUGAUUUCAUAAACCUGCUCAUUCAUCAUUUAAUUGCUCUUUUAAAUGAGAAUUCUUAUAGAUGCAUUAUGCCGUUCAUGAUGACGAGUUCCCUUCAGAUUUAAGAACCAGGUGCCAUUAUGAAUCAGAUUCUUUCCCCCCUUUAGCGACCUUUUUUGUCAGCAGUCUUCCAAAAUGAAUGAGGAUUAAACCCAGCUGAAACUGUCAACAUCAUCUUACAGCUUUUCACUUCCUAUAGCGGCCAUGUUGGAUAAAAGUUUUUCUGCUAAUAUUUACAUCCUUGCUAAUAACUGCUGUUGUGCACAUCAGACGGUACAGUUGGGUAUCUCUGCUUUAGCUUUCAGUACCUGUUCUUUCUUCAGAUAUUAACAAUCUUGGAUUUUUAUAAUGACCUCCCUUUUGACUUUAGAUUAAUAUUUAUGUUCAGACGAGAACACUGCUCUGCCAAACUCUGUAUCCGGCUUCCUGCUCCAUGCAUCAGAACCUUUAUGUUGAGCUAAAGCCACAGCCUUACUGUCGUUCUCUGCUGUAUUUUUACGCUUUCCUCACACAGUGAAAGCCUCCCUAGUUUUCAUUAGUGAUUUUAUGAUCCCGAGUAGGCCGUCUGCUUGUUAAAAUGUUAGCAUCCCUGAUUGCAUUUGGAUAAAUCAUGCAUUAGAACCCAGGCUGCAGAAACUUAUUUGAAGCUGCUUUCAUCUUUAUGCAAGAAUAUGAUCUUUCUCAUCCCAGCUCGGUUCUUUUUUUGAGCCGUUCGGACCGCGCUCCUAUUGCCAGGGAGUGAAGAUUCUCAGUCAUCCAGCUCAUAGGC